AUGGCGUUGCCACCGUCACGAUCGCUGGUUUCUUCCUAUACCUUCGACGAUAAGGAUCUAGACGACGCUGAUCUAUGGGCGGUGAUCGAUUCCGCCGCCGCUGCAGUCUGCCAAGCUAAGAAUACUAAUACAACUUUAGCCGUUGGGAAAUCUCCCAAACCCCUCCCUAUCAGGUUUCCAAAUUACAAUUCUCCUCCGACGCCUGUUUCUUCUCUUCCUCCUCCGCAGCAUAAGCUUCUUCAGGCCCCGAAUCACAACCCCAGCUUUACCCGGAGGUCAAACGAAGAGUCACCGCGUCCGAGCAAAAUUGCCAGAUCCGGCGUCUUGUCUGAGGCGAAGAAUGAGAGUCCUAUGGCUCUUGUUACGACGGCAAACCGGAAUUCGACUCCGAUUAUCAAUUCCACAAAGUUCUCUUCGCCAGAGAGUUACUUGUCGCCUGGGAUCAGGCAGUCUACGUCAUUUCCGGUGGUUUCUCCGUCGGCAAGCUGCGUUCAGAACGAUCCGGUUAACGAGAUGAGACAUAGUUUGUCUGGGAGCUUUCCUUCUGCUUCUCUGUUCAAGGAGUACCAGAAUACAGCUAUGGCGAUUCUAGAGAAACCUGAUUACACGAUGAUAUCAGGGAAAGCAUACAUUAAAAAGUCAGGUUGGAGGAAGAUAUCGUUUUACUUCAAUGUGUCAUAUGAGAUAAGAGACAAGACUAUUGAAUUCGACGAUAAUAGAAAUGUGCAGCGUGCUGAGUUCAUCGUCCGAGCCAUCAUGCAUGGAGGAAGAUUUGCUGACGGAUGGGGAUCUUGUGAGCGACGUGAGAAGAAGUUUCUUAAACCAAAUCAUGAUAUUCCAAGCACCGCAGAGACCAGAGCCAAAAACAGGGCUUGUCAGGAUCUUCUAGGAAUAGGUGAAUAUCAAGAAAGACCUCAUUGA